CAUGUUCAAGUCAUGUGGCAUUUGUGUACAUUUUGUAAAGACAUUGUUAUCAAUUUGAAGAUUAAAACAGUGCUUAGAACAAGAGUAUGUUGACAAGCAUUAGAAUGAUUAGCUAAGCUGAUUCCAAGGAUCUGUUUACAGGCUUUUCAUACGGUGUAUAUAUUUCAUUCCAGUGAAAAAAGAUGUAACCUGAAUGACUAGCCAUCGCCAAGACAAAGUCAAAGAAUGAAACCCAAACUUCAGCAAGAGUAAAAGUUUGCCAGAUUAGUGAUGGGUCCUCCUCCAGCCCCACCUCCAUGUCCUCCAGCUACCAAAGAAUCUCCAUUGCCCAGCAAGAGCGGAGCCAGUAGCUGGCUAGGCGGAACACCGCAUGUGUCAGGUGGACCAGUUGAAGAAGUAAGAUUUGCAGCUAGGAUGUUACGGGGAUAUUUGACUCACAAAUCGGAUGAUUUUAACGAUGACACUGUGUUUGUUUGCCACUAUAACUGGAUACCGUCAAGAAUCCAGGAGGGUCCCAUGUGUGGUCUGGUUGCACUUGAAAUUGCAUCAAAGUUGUUUAACAAGAAUAUUUCUAUACAAGAUAUAGUCAGCUUGGCCCAGAAGAAAGGUGUGACAAAGCUGGGAGAAAUGUUUUCAGCUGCUCAUAUGGCUGACCUGGCUGAAACUCUUUAUGGCUGCCGUACCAUGGUGCUUCAGUAUGGCCUUGGUGAUCAAAAAAUGAUCUUGGAUCAUGUAAUGAAUGGAGGAGCAAUCUUGUUGCCAUAUGACAUUGACCACGACUUCCACCCAUGUUGUAAGAAUGGAAAGAAAGCUCACUGGGCCAUCAUUACUGGUUUCUUACUGUCCUCCCCAAAGUCCUCAAUUGAUGGAUCCAGUUUGAAGCCUGACGAGCAGGAAACAUAUCUCUAUCACGGUACACCAGAAAUCAUGCAGGGAAUUCUCAGACAGGCUUCUGAUUGUGAUAUUUACAUUUGUGGCAAACAUGGCAAGAGUCGUCAUCUAGGACUAUGGAACUAUAGUAAGAUGAGGACGAGUAACGAGAAUCUCCAUGAGCUCAACCCGGACAUUGCAAACAGUUUGUCUAAAUGGGUUGUUCCCGUGGAGGGAGGACAUCUCAGUGGGUUGCGUGGAAAGGCUGUCUUAUUGUUUACGAGUGACAAGUAAAUCGUUGAAGUGUACUGAAGAUAAGGUUGUCUUGAACAGCCACUGGUGAAGACAUUUUCAUCAUCGACUCACAAAGUGGGCUUUGGAAAUUAAUGUAUGGGUGAAUGGUGCUAUGUUUUGCUAUAUCAAGAUUUCCUAUGCUUUUUUCCCAUUAUGAUUGAUUGACGCGUAUAAGAUC